UUGGUUGCUACGAAAUAUUCAGUUUAAAUGGUAACAAUUGCAAAUAAGAGAAAAUAAAACAGAAGUCAACGGAAAAAGUCUGCGUGAACCUUAAUAGUACACAUACUAGCUAGAAAAUUUAAAAAAAAACACUUCUUGGCGAGAUGAUUUGUUCCGUAGUUGAACAUCAUUACAGUAUAAAAUUUCGUUAUUUUGGUGUUGAAUGUUUCCUUAGUUUGAUACUUUAAAGAACUCAGUUUACUAUAGCAUACUUCAUUUAGGCUUCGAAAAAAGCCGUUAUCUAAAUUUCUUUACGCUAUUUUCGAUCAAAUUAAUAAUAUUUAUUGCUAGGAAAAAUUCAUAUAACUGAAAUUAUAUGUAAUGCAAUAUACCGAAAUUUUUGUUUAGCUCACUUUGUUAAUUUCAUUAAAAAUUUUGAAAAUGACGGAGUUUUUAUUUGGGAACGACUCUUUGUCAAUGUGUACCGACUUUAUAUCAGAAAUUCUAGGUUUUUUUAAAUUCUGCCAAUUUCUAGGUUUUCUAUUAAUUGUUUUAGUUUCCGUGGUCGGCAAUUUCGUAGUUAUAAAAACCAUUUUAACCGACCGAGAAAUGCGCAAAGUUUACUGCAACAUUUUUAUCAUUAAUUUAGCACUUUGCGACAUAGUGCAAGCUACUGUAGGAAUGCCACCUAUGGCUUCAGUUUUGAUUUUCGAUAAAAAAUGGAUCCUGUCUUUUGAUUUCUUACCCGAUUUGCCCUGUCAACUGGCCAAAUCGCUGAACAAAAUAGUGCCAGCUGUGGCCAGUUACACCAAUGUGGUGAUAGCGGUUGACAGACUUGUGGGGGUUUUGAGACCCUUUCGGGCUAAAAUUCCCCGCUCGUACGCACUGGGGUUGAUGGGGUUGACUUGGAUGGUGUGCUGUGGGUUCGGAGUGUUCGACUUCCUGAAGAGUUUUGUGAUUUCAGUGCCCUCCCAGGAAGGUACCUGCUACCAUAACUUCUGCUACUCAGACAUCACCACCCAACAAUUCAACAUCGACAUAGUGGUGUACUCGUUGGCCAUCUUCUUGAUCCCUUCGGGUGUGGUCUCUGUGGUGUACGGGAGGACAGCGGCCGAACUCUGGAUGAGGGGAACCACUGUGCGCCAGCUGGGGGAGAGUGUCUCGGCCAGGCAGAUCGCCAUCAAACAACGGGCUGUGAAGAUGAUGACGUUGGUUGUGUUCGUGUUUGACAUCACUAAGGCACCUCUGUUUGGGAUCUACCUGUUCGCUAUUCUGUCCAAUGGGCCGAUCCCCUACCAGGCAGAACUGACCCUGACUGCUUCAUGGAUCUACUGCACCUCAACCGCGUUCAAUCCCAUCAUCUACGCUGUCAUGAACGAAAAGUUUCGCAGCCAGUUCAAAUCGACACUGCUGUGUCGCAAACUGACAGCCCGACCCAAAAACGCCCCCAGACCCCAAAUGGGCGUGAUUACUACUGGACAAACGACGGGAAACACCUCCAAAGUCUCAGUCAAAGUCCCAACUGGCCACACAGUGGCUAAAGCCCCCGCUGCAAACAUGCCGACAAUCAAAGAUGUCCAGGAGUCUCCUGAUCAAAAAUCAGCUGGCGUGAACUCAAAGUCACGUGAUGCAAAUAAGGAUAACACUCAUCAAAAAGGCGCGCAUUUAGCUCCUUUCCCCUGCAAUUCCACCAGAGGUCAAGAUAGUUCAAGAGAUCGAAGCACUUCGUCGACCUCUGUGAAUGCGGUUGACGAUAAGGAUGAAGGCGGUGUGGACUUCAUAGAGCAAACUGAUUGGUCGGAGGAGGGGUUCGACCUGGCCAAUGGGAACGUUGAGGAUGGCGCACAUAAUAUCUUUGACAAUUCCGAAAUUUGAAAAAUAAAGUCAAUUACCCCCCCCCCCUCCUCUCUCUCUCUCGUCCCUUCAGCUCACGUCAGUUAUUAACCCAUGGCACUUGUUUGAGCUUAUUUUUCUUUCGUGUGGUGAUGUUGGUAAAUUAACAGGGCUGUUGAGCGCUGUCACUUAAGAACCGCUGGAAAGCAGGGGCAAAUUUGUAGGGAUAGGGGUGGGUUAAACUAGCUCAAGAACCAUCUUUCGUAGUGUAUUAUGAGCUCUACUGUUAUCAACUACUCAUAAAUUAACCUUAUAUUUAAUAAUAAAUCUGAGAAUCUAGAUCUAAUUUUGAGGAUCAUUUUUUUCUAAUGUCGAAAACGCGCAAAAACAGAUUCCAGUGUGUCUGUCUCAGUUGUUUUUAGAACUUUAUAUUUUAGCUGACAUCAUUUCGCAAUUUUUGGCAGAUUAUAUAUCUAUCUUUAUGCUUGUCAUUGUUCUGCUGGUGAUAGAAAAUUUUUUUAAUUGUUUUAAAUAGUUUUAAUAUAAAUAGUUUUGAUUCUAAUCAUGACUUAAUUUUAAUAAAAUUCUCUUAGUUUAGAUUUCAUUUCGUCAAAAGUAGCACUACAGCUUGUGCACAACUAAAUUCAAGUUUCCCCGAUUUAAAAAAAAAUAAUUGUAAAACAUUUUAUUUUCAUCUUGACUUAAUAUAAGCUAUUUACCACAAACCAUUUCCUUACAAAAAAGAAAAUUUAUUGGGCAAAAAAGAAGAUUUAUUGGGCUAUCGUUUACCCACAUCCGUUAACUCAAUAUGUUGUGAUUAAUUUUAGCAAUAAUUCAUUUCUCGCAUGUUUAUUUAACUUAAGUUCAAUUUGUGUAGCCAAAUGUUUUAUGUGCAACCUUAACUGUUAUA